AACCCCACCAGAGGAGAGAGAGAGUAGAGAGAGAGAGAGAGAGUGUAGAGAGAGAAAAUGGCUGUCCAUUAGCUCUCCAUUUUUUUCUUCCCUUCAAACCCUACCUAAUCAAUCUUCCACCACCACCAAUGGCGAACCGUCGUCUUCUUCCUCCCCGUAGAUCCGUGUUCUUCCCGCUGCUGCUGCUCUCCCUGCUGCUUCUAUCCAGCUCCUCCGGCGAGGAUGACGUCAUAUGCUUGCGAGAAGUGAAGAACUCGUUGACCGACGCGGAGGGGAGGCUCAGCUCGUGGAAUUUCUCCAACACCACCGUCGGAUUCAUCUGCAAGUUCGUCGGCGUCUCGUGCUGGAACGACAGGGAGAACAGGCUCAUCGGAUUGGCGCUCCGCGAUCUCAGCCUCGCCGGAGUUGUUCCCGAUUCGCUACAGUUCUGCCACAGCCUGCAGAACCUCGAUCUCUCCGGUAACUCCCUCUCCGGUUCGAUCCCUCCCCAAAUCUGCACGUGGCUGCCGUACCUCGUCACGCUUGACCUCUCGCGCAAUGGUUUGACCGGUCAAAUCCCGGAGGAUCUAGCCAAUUGCUCGUAUCUGAACACUUUGAUCUUGGAUGAUAAUCAGUUAUCCGGUUCUAUUCCUUUCCAGUUUUCGAAUCUCGGAAGGUUGAAGAAGUUCUCUGUAGCCAAUAACGAUUUAUCCGGUACCGUGCCAUCGUUUAAUUCGAACUCGGUGGAGCUCGAUUUCAGCGGUAACAGCGGUCUUUGCGGCGGUCCGUUGGGUAAAUGCGGUGGCCUGAAUAAGAAGAAUUUAGCAAUUAUCAUCGCGGCAGGGGUUUUCGGUGCCGCUGCUUCGUUGUUGUUAGGGUUUGGAUUGUGGUGGUGGUGCUCCACCAGAUCCAGUAAGAGGGGGAAGAGAGGUUACGGCAUCGGAGGGAGAGAUGAUGGCGGCGGCGGUAGUGGCGGUAGUUGGGCGGAUAGAUUGAGGUCUCAUAAGCUUACGCAAGUUAUGCUGUUCCAAAAACCGCUGGUGAAGGUUAAACUGGCCGAUUUGCUGGCGGCAACGAAUAAUUUCGGAGCUGAGAGUGUUAUUGUGACGAGUAGAACAGGAACUACUUACAAAGCGGUUUUACCGGACGGAUCUGCGCUUGCGAUUAAGCGGCUGAGCGAGUGUAAGAUAGCGGAGAAGCAGUUUAGAAUGGAGAUGAAUAGGCUAGGGCAAUUAAGGCAUCCGAAUUUAGUUCCGCUGUUAGGGUUUUGCUUGGUGGAGGAGGAGAAACUCUUGGUCUACAAGCAUUUAUCCAACGGAACCCUCGGUUCGAUUUUGUGCGGCGGCGAUGCCGCAGUUUUGGAUUGGGCAACCAGGUUCAAGAUUGCACUAGGGGCGGCGAGGGGACUUGCUUGGCUCCACCACGGUUGCCACCCUCCAAUCCUGCACCAGAACAUAAGCUCUGGCGUGAUUCUGCUCGACGAGGACUUCGAUUCGAGGAUAAUGGACUUUGGUUUGGCGAGGCUUAUGACUUCUUCCGAGUCGAACGAGAGUAGUUUCGUGUAUGGCGAUUUAGGCGAAAUUGGAUACGUUGCUCCUGAAUAUUCGAGUACAAUGGUUGCUUCCACCAAAGGGGAUGCCUACAGUUUCGGAGUGGUGCUUCUCGAAUUGGCAACUGGAUUGAAGCCUCUUGAUGUUAGUGCGGCCGACGAACUGUUCAAGGGUAAUUUAGUCGAUUGGGUGAACCAGCUCUAUAUUUCUGGUCGGAUUAAAGAUGCUAUUGAUAAAAAGCUAUGUGGGAAGGGCAACGAUGAAGAGAUAGUUCGGUUCUUGAAAAUUGCGAGUAAUUGUGUCGUUUCUAGGCCAAAGGAUAGGUGGUCCAUGUAUCAGGUUUAUGAAUCACUUAAGAGCAUGGCCGAGGAGCACGGGUUUUCCGAACAGUUUGACGAGUUCCCGCUAUUGUUUAUGAAAAAAGAAUCGAAUAGCCCUAUUUGAGACUCUUCUCUAAGUUUCCGAAAUCGAUAAAUAUUUGUGCAGUGUAUGUGUUCUUGAUCUGCAUUCUGUAUAACACAUGCCAUAAUUGCGGGAUAUAGAUGUAUAAUUAUAAGAUCGCUCGCACAAAUUGUACUUAAGAUGUUGUGUUUAUUUUUCGAAAUUUGUUGUAAGAAAAGGAUAUCUUCUCGUGGGAUGUCGGUAUUUUAUUGUUUGCUAUUCAGAUGACACGUUUCUUAUUUUU